AAAACUACAAGACAGAUCCCAAAGAUUAUGACAACGGACCUGCACGAAAAACGUCGCAAAAUGGCAGAAGUAACUCUUGAAAAUUUCAUAGACGGAGAGUUCGUGCCAGCCUCCAGUUUUCUGGACAGCUUUGAUCCAUCCGUUGGAGAAGUUUGGGCCCGAAUUCCGGACAGUGGAAAGCAGGAGGUUGAUCUGGCAGUGGCCGCCGCCAAACGUGCUUUUCCGAUAUGGUCUUCCAAAAGCCGAGUAGAGAGAGCCAAGAUGAUGAACAAGAUAGCCGAUCUUAUCGAAGAAAACCUUGAGGAGCUUGCACAGAUCGAGUCACGUGACCAAGGGAAACCCGUCUGGCUGGCGAGGGCCAUAGACAUCCCAAGGGCUGUGCAUAAUUUCCGCUUCUUCGCAUCAUCUAUUCUUCACACAAGAAACAGCUCCACCUUGCUUGAGGAUGUUGGAGCUACCAACUACACCAUGCGCAUGCCCAUUGGGGUAGCGGGUAUGAUCAGUCCAUGGAACCUACCCCUCUAUCUCCUCACGUUCAAGAUUGCGCCCUGCAUCGCCGCGGGCAACACCUGCGUCUGCAAACCUAGCGAGAUGACCUCCGUGACAUCAUGGAAACUGGCCAAAUUAAUGGUCAAAGCAGGUCUUCCUAAUGGUGUGGUGAACAUGGUCUAUGGGUUAGGGCAUAGAGCAGGAUCUGCGAUCGUCGAGCACCCUGACGUUCCUCUGGUCUCCUUCACGGGCGGUACAGAAACAGGGAAGAAGAUAAUGGCCCUUGCAUCACCCCUCUGUAAAAAAAUCUCUCUUGAGCUUGGGGGGAAGAAUGCAGCCGUGGUGUUCGACGAUGUCGACCUCGACGAGAUCAUCCCGACGGUGGUCAGGUCAGGGUUCACGAACCAGGGGGAGAUCUGCCUGUGCAUGAGCAGGUUCUUUGUACAAGAAAGCAUUCUGGAGAAGUUUGUCGAGAAAUAUGUCGCUGCUGCAAGAAAAAUGGUGGUUGGUCCUCCUUCGGAAGACUCCUCAAAGCUCGGUGCCCUCAUCAGCAAGGAGCAUCUCUAUAAGGUCAAAGGUUACGUUGAGCUUGCCAUUGAAGAAGGUGGCACAGUCCAUUGUGGGGAAGGGGUGGAUGAGAUGCAUAUUCCAUUGAAAAAUAAAAAUGGUUACUACAUGGCACCUACAGUAAUCACUGGGCUAGGACCGCAUAGCAGAUGUAUGCAGGAGGAGAUCUUUGGUCCAGUCGUCUGUAUCGCUCCUUUCACCACAGAAGAAGAUGCCAUUGAGAAGGCAAACUGCGUGAAGUAUGGUCUAGCUGCUUGUGUCUGGACUAAGGAUGUUGGAAGAACACAUCGUGUGUCUCAGAAACUUCAGGCCGGAACGGUUUGGGCCAACUGCUGGAUGGUGCGCGACCUCAACAUGCCUUUUGGAGGAAUGAAGGCUUCUGGGGUAGGUCGAGAGGGGGUCAACGAAUCCAUGGAAUUUUUCACUGAAGCCAAGUGCAUCUGUAUCAAGCACUGAGAGAAGUACAAGCAUUCUUCUUCUACACAAACUCACAGACAUAAUAGAUAGGUUCACACAAAACUCUGUCAACUUAAUGUGUAGAUUGCGGUUUUUAAACUUCAAGGUUAUAUUGUGGGCAUAGACCUUGUGGACGCACUUGUGGCUUCAAACUUUAAGUACAGUUGAAGUUGUGAUCCGUGACCAAUUUUAUGGUUAAAUCGCAAACUAUGAGUAUUGGGGAUCUUUAUCCCAAGUCAUGUGCCAUGUGAAUGAAAUCAACUUUUGAUUUUUUGGCAAACUUGUUUUUAAAACUGUGAAGACUCAUUGUUUCUAUUCUUUGUUGUUACGUCGUUGUUAGUAAUUUGUUUAGAACUUUUUAUCAAGCUUAAAGUUUAAAAUAACAAUGGUCCAAUGUGUUAGUGUGAUAUGUUUAUGCUCAGGUGAUGGGAUGUUUGCAAGCUUUCCUGUGGGGAUGUAAAAUACUGUUCUUUGUAGUGAGAGGUGGUCAAUCCCGUUAUAUCGAAAUAACACAUCAUUAUUAUUUCUCAACUUUUCAGUUUUGUUAUCGGAAAUAUAAGAUUACUAACCCAGAAAGAUUAUGAUGAAAUAGCUGAUAGUUGUACAAAUAUCUAAUCUAUAAACGGUUUGAAAUCAUCCUUCAUAGUUUCCAUAUUGUUAAUGAGGCAAUGAUUAUUUUCUGCAGUAACUGAAUGUCUAUUAUGUAUUUUAAAAAGAUUGUGACCUCAUAUUUUUGAUAACCCAUUGUAAAUGUUAAAAGAGAGUUGACUUUAUUAUUAUUUUGUAUUUGCCACAUUUUAACUUUGCACAUUCCACUCACUAUUCCUAGUACAUGUUGUACUUCACUUUAACACUCAGUGCCUUUUUUCUGAAUCUGUUUAUAAUUGAGGUAUAUUGAAAUGCGCAUUUAGACAAAAUAUGUGGCUGAUAUUCAAAAAAUCAAGGCUGUUGUUGUUUUUGUUCUAGUUUUAUGGCGUGUAUCAUUCAUUUAUGAAUAAUUAGGCUUAUACAUUUAGGCUAGCUUAUUCAAGGAAGUUUUUUUUUUCUUUCAUUUUUAUACCAGCUGCAUGAUCUUAUUUUUCUAGAACUAGCUAUUUUUUCAGAUAGAGGAUCUUAUACCCUCACCAGCAUAGAUUUGGGUAAACAUUAGUCUGCACAGACUCUAAUUUAAUUUUACACUAUACCACAAUUCUAAAAGCCUUGAGCAGAGCCUAACUCUGUCAGUCUCUGGCUGUGUCAAAUGAGCAGCUACAUGUAUGCUGUCAGCCUAGUCUCACAGUGCAGACACUGUUAUGCACAUUUUGUUGCAUCAAGAGGUUGUUUGGCUUUGGUUCGGGCAGAAGUCUUCUUUUUAUUUUCUAUAUAUAUAUAUAUUUUUUUAAAUGACGUACUGUGCCUUAGGUUUAACAAAAAAAAAUGGUCCAUUAAUGGAACAAAUGAUACUGAAGGAAAAAAAGUUACAAGUACUACCACUGCCAAGGGAAAGAUUGAGAAUAAGAGAGAGAAAGAGAGGGAGAAAGCGUGAGUGGAAGAGAGAGGGUAAAUAACCACAAUUUAUAUUGUAUUGAAAUGAUAGAGUUGGAAAUCAGGAGGAUAUUUAUUGGCAUAUUCAUCUAUUCAAUUUUCAAAUUUUCUGCAAGCAGCACUACAUCAUAUUAUUCCAAUUAUAUGUACAUUUAUAGAUGGUCAUUUUGCUUUGAUAAUAAAUUCAUUGUGGAAUCUCAAAA